CAGCAGGGGGAGGUAACGGGGCUGUUCCAUCAUUCCUCCAGCAGGAAGCAGCUGUUGUUGUUGGUAAUUAACGGUGUCGGUGAUCUUCGGGCUCUAACGGAUCUAACGGGUCCAUUCAGACGAACCGGAGAUGUAUUACUAUCGCUAUGACAACGCUGAGGUCAGCUGCUGCUACAAAUACCUGAUGUUCAGCUACAACAUCAUCUUCUGGCUGGCUGGAGUCGCCUUCAUUGCAGUGGGUUUCUGGGCGUGGAGUGAAAAGGGAGUCCUGCUGGACCUGACCCAGGUGACCCGGCUGCACGGGUUCGACCCGGUCUGGUUGGUUCUGGUGGUCGGCGGAGUCACCUUCAUCCUGGGCUUCGCCGGCUGCGUGGGAGCGCUGCGAGAAAACAUCUGUCUGCUCAAGUUUUUUUCGGGAGUGAUCGGCUUCAUCUUCUUCCUGGAGCUAACGGCGGCCGUGCUAGCCGUGGUGUUCCAGAGUCAGGUCCGAGCCUGGAUCAACGAGUUCUUCCUCGCUAACGUUAAAGCGUACCGAGACGACAUCGACCUGCAGAACCUCAUCGACUCGCUGCAGAAGAUGAACUUCUGCUGUGGAGCUCAGGACCCGUCUGACUGGGACCUGAACGCGUACUUCAGCUGUAACGGGACUCACCGCAGCAGAGAGAAAUGUGGCGUCCCGUUCUCCUGCUGCAUCACCGACCCCGCCGACUCGGUGGUGAACACUCAGUGCGGCUACGACGUCAGAAACAGACAGAAGAGCAAGUGGGCGGAGCACAUUUACACCAAAGGCUGCAUUGCUGCGUUAGAGGACUGGUUACCUGGAAACCUUUACACGGUGGCCAUCGUCUUCAUCGUCAUCUCUCUGCUGCAGAUGGUUGGGAUCUACUUGGCCAGGACUCUGAUAGCCGACAUCCUGAAAGUCAAAUUCAGUUACUGAGCCUGCAGGGGGCGGGACCUCCACCUGCGGGGGGCGGGACCUCCACCUGUUAUUGGACCAAGUUUCUUCACUCAGAUGUGCCUUCUUCUUCUUCUUCUUCUUCUUCUCUGCUGUGUAAUGUGCUCGGUCGCCUGGUGAUGCGGUUGCCAUGGUGACGGAGCCGGCCUGUGCCUUCAGUCUUCCUGCAGGGUCAGAUUGACUCUCCAGCGCCGCCUCGCUGCCUCGCUCUGAACUGCAGCCGCUGCAGGACUCUGUGAAUGUUUAAUGAUCCAAUGUGUGACCUUCGACCUGAUUGGCUGCUCCUGUUGAUCUUCAUCAUCAUCAUCAUCAUCAUCAUCAGUGACUCCUCUGGUUUUAACUCAGGUCUUCUUCUUCUCUGACAUCAAACCUGCGUCAGUGUGUUUCUGAUGUUAUUGUUUCUCAAUUAUUAAUGAAUCAAAGUGACGUCGUCUGAAAUCAUUACAUCAUUACAUCAUUACAUCAUUACAUCAUUACAUCAUUAAAUCUGUUGAUCCUGAUCCACUGUGACUGUUAACGGCUCAGCCAAUGGCAGGAAACAGUGUUAACGGGCUCAGUGAUGUCAUAGUGAUGUCAUAGUGAUGUCAUCCAGGUGUUCAGGUCUAAUUAAAGUUAUUAAAGGAACACCUGAACUCAGCUGUGACUCAGAAACCAGAGAAGAAGAAAGGUCUGGACCAAUCAGAGACACUCAGGUCAUGUGACUCCUUUCAUUUUUUUACACUGGAUUUGUGAAGCUCCGCCUCCUUCUUGUUAACGAGUGUUUGUGAAGCUCCGCCUCCUUCUUGUUAACGAGCGUUUAAUAAAGUUUGAAUCAGUUUUUUGUAUGAAAAGAAGUUUUGAGGUUUUUCUGCUUUUUAAUUUUAACCUCAAAGUUUUUUAUCCGUUUUAUAUUCAAUAAAAGUUUAUAGUCUG